GAGUGACGGGCCCUGGGACCUCUGGGGGCGGCGACGCCGGAGGCCCGGGAGGCCUGGCUGCGGGAGGCGUGGCUGCCCAGUGAGCUCGCGGCCCUUGGCGGAGCUGCCCGCUUCAGAAAAUGGACCCUGAGGUGUCCCUGCUGCUGCAGUGCCCCCAGGGCGGGCUGCCCGAGGAGCGGGUUCGGGCAGAGCUGAGCCCAGCCUACGACCGUCGCCCACUGCCGGGAGGGGACAAGGCCAUCGCUGCCCUCUGGGAGAGCCGCCUCCAGGCCCAGCCCUGGCUCUUUGAUGCCCCCAAGUUCCGCCUGCACUCGGCCAUUCUGACACCCACGGGCUCACCAGGGCCACAGCUUCUCCUGCGCCUGGGCCUCACUUCCUACCGAGACUUCCUGGGCACCAACUGGGCCAGCUCAGCUGCCUGGCUGCGACAGCAGGGUGCUGCCGACUGGGGUGACAAGCAAGCCUACCUGGCAGACCCACUGGGGGUGGGUGCAGCACUGGUCACCGCUGAUGACUUCCUUGUCUUCCUGCGCCGCUCUCAGCAGGUGGCUGAGGCACCUGGGCUGGUGGAUGUGCCCGGCGGACACCCUGAGCCUCAGGCCCUGUGCCCUGGUGACAGCCCUCUGCACAAAGACCUCCCUGGGGAGCUGGUGGUGCAUGAGCUCUUCUCCAGUGUCCUCCAGGAGAUCUGUGAUGAGGUGAACUUGCCGCUGCUCACCCUGAGCCAGCCACUACUACUGGGCAUCGCCCGCAAUGAAACCAGUGCUGGCCGAGCCAGUGCUGAGUUCUACGUCCGAAAGUGCAAAGGCUGCAGGAGACCGAAAUGUGGGCAGAGCUCUGCCCCUCGGCCAAAGGCGCCAUCUUCCUCUAUAACCUGGGCCAGGGAAGUGCACCUGAGUCACCCCAGGGUCCCCAGCCCGAUCACCAGUUUGGAAGACAAUAAAGGACUUUUUAUUCUUGGAUUUCUUUGGCAUCUGCAGUUUCCAUGAGACAGAAGGGGGCCGCUGGGGCAGCCCUGGAUGGGUGAGGCAGGACAAGUGACCUGGGAGGGGAAAGCCUCGCCUCGGUUUCCCCCUUUGCAAGCUGGCAUUAGGGCUGGCCCUCUUGCCAGGCUCUGGUGAGGGGCGGGGCAGACUGUGGGGUGGAACUGCCUCGCGAGACGUGCACGGAGCGGCGGAGGACUGGCCGAAAGCCUCUCUGGGGGGUCAGG